AUGGACGCCAAGGAUCCCUUUUCCUAUGGAUAUGAGAAUGGAUUGCCAGUGUUAUCUCGUUCACAGGCAUACGUCGAUGACCUCUACAAAGACCCCUAUACUGCUCCGCAUCCCGCAACCCAUGCGAAACUCUCAACUGUGACGACGCAGACAGCUCCUCUGCCAGCUCGACCAGCUCAACCAGCUCAACCAGCUCAACCAGCUCAACCAGCUCAACCAGCUCAACCAGCUCAGGCUCCAGCUUCGGAUACUACAGCUGCCACUGCGACGACCAAGGAGCGCAAAGUUGUCUCCAAGGUCCGCAAGUCUCGUAAGGCCACCAAUGCGUCGUCAUCCUCAGUCCCAGCUGGGAAAAAGUCCACGAAGUCGACCCUAUUUUGGGUCAAUACCGACCAAAAGACAGUAUCAGCGGGCUCGUCAAAAGAAGAGACAUUGAAGCGAAUUCGAUCCCAUGUCAUGUCAGAGCAUAAUCGCAAGAAGCGAUUAGAAAAUACAAAUGAUUAUAAAAGUAAGACGUGGAAGCAAUUGGCUUUCCAACCGCCUGAAACCAUCGCUGGUGCCAUAGGUCCCUCCCGGCCGUCGGUGUCCGCGCCGGUACCGGUCUCCGCCCCCACACACUCUUCUGAUCGUCGAGGCUCAUAUGUCCACCACGCGAUCAAGCAAGAAUUCGUCCCUACAACAACUACCGUAGGCUAUUAUUUACCUGCAUCGACGGCGACAGCGACAACGACGGCUACGGCUUGGGAUGAUGAGUAUGAGUAUGAGGAAAUCGUGCGCUAUCAGACUAGGCCUGCGGGACCGUCUAUAUGGUCACAUGCAUCAGUGGGAUCGGGGGCUAACGACCCGUUUAAUACUGGGCAUACUCAAAUGACAGAUCGUAUGCUGAGUUAUCUGCAUAACUUCCUUUGGGACCUAACGCAGCAGGCUCACCCACUGCAGCGGGGUUAUAAAAACAAGUUGCAUAAUCAUUGGGCUGCUCUCGUUCAACGCGAUCCGGCCAUUUUGCAUGCGACUAUUUGUAUGUCAACGUCAAAUGCAGCUAUGCAAAGGGGUGAAUUGCCCAUAAGAGAUCCAACCCAGCAACGCAGCACCCUUGUGGUUGAUACCUUCCAUCAUCGUGGGGAGACCAUCCGCUUGGUCAAUGAGGGAUUGUCAGACCCAGUCAAGGCUGCCAGCGAUGAGCUGAUUGCGGCAGUGUCCACUCUAUUGACCAUCGAAAUCGCGUCUGGUAACCCUGACUAUUUGAAAAUCCACUUGGCUGGUUUGCGACAGAUGGUAGGACUGCGCAAGAACUUUGCCGACGUGGCUCCAGAUAUUCGCUUCCAGAUCUCAUGGACUGAUAUCCGAGUCGCAUCCAUGGCAAUGACUAGACCCAUCUUCACAUUUGUCCGAUCCCCUCGCCCAUUAGGGCUAACUCUCAUCCCACCAACCGACGACGCCCUGCAAAUGGCAACCAGACUCAUGCCCUUGAUCAAAAUCCCGGGUAUAUUCGACGAAGCAUUCUCCAAAACGAUCAUCGAUCUUGUAGAGCUAUCCUGGUACGCAGAAUGGAUCAAAGGAAACACGGGCCACAAAGACUUCGACGACGAAACAGAAGAAUACUUCAACUUCGAAGUCCUAUACGUCGAAUACUCCCUAUACGCAGACCGAUACACGCCAACCGGCCAAAUGAAAUGCGACAACUCAAUCGAAGGCUGCUGCCGCCUAGCCGCCCUCUGCUUCCACAACAGCGCCAUCUGGAGUUUCUACCCCAUGAUAGCACCACUGCUGCCAAAGCCCAUUCUCACCCUCCGCUCCGCCCUAGAAGUCACCAUCCCAACUGGCCUAUACGGGCUCUGUCAGGAUGUGCUUGUCUGGCUGCUCUUCAUGGGCGCGGCCUGCACACAGGUCAUGCCGAAUGAGCGGACGUAUUUCAUCUCGGAAUUGGCUAAUGCCACUAGUCUCAUGGGCGUGACUUCUUGGCAAGAGUGCCGGCAGAUCCUAUUGGGCUUCUUCUACACUGAUCGUAUUCAUCUGCCUAUGCUGCGUCAAAUUUGGCAUGAAGUCGAGGUGCAGACGCAUAUGGAGCCGCUGUCUGUUUGA